AUGGCCGCUACCAUGAGACGAAGCGAGCGCAUAGCCAGCCGUGCCAGAGAGAAGGCACGGCUGGCUAACAAACGGUCGCCCAAAGCCCAGCAGGUGUUUGCCACCCCUGAGCUCCUCGAGACGAUCCUGCGAAUGGUGGAAGACAUGCCCACCAUGAUUGCGUCCGCUCCCCUGGUCUGCAGAGCGUGGAAAAACCACAUCGACACGUCCCCGGCUCUACAGCGUGACCUCUUCUUCGCACAGGAUCUAAAAACCACCAUGUCUGAUCCUGAUGCCGAUGUCUCAUUCCGUCUCAACCCCCUCUUAACUCAACAUUUCGGCGCUCUAAUUAAAGUACCCCUCAACUUCGAUUACACCAGAUUGGGGAGUGGCGAAGAAGCCAUGCUUGACAUAAAAAAACUGGUCAAGACUGGAAUGAGCAUCACCAAAUAUAAAGCACAGAACCUGCGGAAGACAGGACUUAGUGUCAACAAGCACAAGGGUAGAUCUCUGCACGAUAAAUUCAGCUACAAGGGCGCCAGUUGGAGGCGCAUGCUCAUCACUCAACCCCCUGCACGCAAAAUCGGCCUCGUCCGUCCGCAUGAGGACUGGCACACUCCUAGCAUCCUAGAAACGUCCGUUCUAGUAGAAGGCUUGCGAAUGGGUCAAUUCUGGGACACGGUCUACCACACUCUGUGGGGCGAGUACUCCGCGACGGCUUACAACCGCAAGAUCAGGAUAGCGUACAGAGUCGGCAGCCCCGACGCGCACCUUUGGGCGAGAGGCGCCAAUUCUACACAUAAGUGUCAUCGGAAGAUCAUUGCCGAUAUCGAGUUUCUGUUCGAGAUUAUAGAAACAUCAUCAUCUCCCUAUUCGGACUAG